AUGGAGCUGUCUGUGCUCUGCCUCCUGACGCUGGCCCUCGCCUUUGUGCCUCAGCUCUCAGCGACAGUAGUGAAACAGGGAUGCCCUGCUGCUGGCUUCAAUUCAAACAAUGUUCCGUUUUGUACUCAGUCCAACCAAAUCAAGUGCAAUAUUGAGGAUGACGACUGUGAAGGCGGCCUGAAAUGCUGCUUCAACGGCUGCGAUAACAUCUGCAGGAAGCCACUGAGAGAAAAAAUUAAUAAGAUCUGCCCUGAGCCGACCCCUCAUCUCCAAGCAUGUGCUGAUAAAUGUAAUGAUCACAACCAGUGUGAAGACUAUCUCAUGUGCUGCUUCAGCGGCUGUGGGCUGGAGUGCAUGGAACCUGAUGACCCCUCGGCCAAACCAGGAAAAUAA